GUAGUGUAAAAUGUACUUGAGCAAACAUUGUAUCAGCAUCAACGAGGAGAUUACUGGAAGGUACUGGAAGGUACUGGUACAGCAGAUACUCCACCCCUGACAACAAUACCCUUUAUCUGUCUUCUUAUCUUCUGGUAAAUCAUAUAAUGUGGACUUCAGCCCAUACCCAAGGCAAGGUAUAAUAUUCGCAAGGUGUUCAGGAGAGGAGAUCAAUUGAAUAUGAUCGUGGUAGCAGAGAGAGGUAGAUGAAAUUCUAGACACAACACUUACCAGAACAAGGUGCACUGCUGUCAAACAAGGAAUAAAGACACUAUUGAAACACACAAGACAUGAGAAGAUGGGUGCUGUCAUCACAAGGUUGAGGAGGGGGCGUAAAAAAGAACAGAACCCCAAAAACAAAAAGAAGAAGGGAAAAGUUGUAGUGGUGAAGAGAGGAAGUAUAACACCUUCCUCAUCGAGGAGUGUGAGGGGAAGCAUAAGGCCCAGAAGGAGCAAUGGAGCUCAACGCAGUCAAAACCGACAGAGAAAACUUCUGACUGAGGCCUCAACAAAUACUGACACUGAUAAAACAUCACAUGUAUAUAUGGUAAUAGAUGACAAUGGGCAACCAGCAAAUUUGGGAGGCACCCAAGCUAAUGAUACCCAGAGAAGCAAACAAAGGAGCACCAAGAGAAGGAAGAGCAAUGGUACAAAGUGUAGCCAAAAAGGGCAUACUGUGGAGAGAAGACCACUCAACGAUAUUUUCCCGAAACGAGGGGAAGACGCGACAGACGGCGGUAAAAUUGGUGAUAACAACAUUCAGCGAAGUGGCAGCAAACUCCGAGACUCAAAGAGAAGUGCCAAGGGGAGCCUUAGGAGACGGAAGAGCAGCAGGAAGCUGAAAAAGCACCUGUUUCCAAGCCCAGCAGUCUUCAGCCAGAUUGAUGCCCAUGCCAUCAAGGCCGGAGAGGAGCUGAGAAGGAAGAGGAUCUUCUCUGUGAAGGCCAUUAUUGAAGCUAUCACUGUGGGUGCAGUGACUGACCUGCAGAAGUUAAGGGCUAUCUGGAUCUGGCUGUGCCACAACAUUGAGUAUGACGUAAACGGAUACUUGGGGAUGACUGAGAUGAUAACUUCAAUUGAGCAGGUCGUCGAGACUCGCCGAGGUGUCUGCUCUGGAUACGCCAGGUUGUGUGAGCAGAUGUGCAGUGAGGUUGGGAUCGAGUGCCGGAAGGUGAGUGGUCACAGCAAAGGAGCCAGCUACCGGCCCGGUCUUCAUGCCGAACCCACCAAGUCUAACCACGCUUGGAAUGCAGUGCGUCUCCAGGGGAACUGGUACCUGCUGGACUCAUGCUGGGGGGCAGGGACCGUGGACUUGACCAAAAGAGUCUUCAAUAAAUGCUACAAUGAGUUCUACUUCCUGACAGACCCAGAUAUGUUCAUAAGUGACCACUUCCCAGACGAGGUGGAGUGGCAACUCCUCAAGGAGCCUCUCUCAUUGGAGGAGUUCCGGAUGAGGGUCCAAAAAUACUCACAAUUUUUCCAGCUGGGGCUGACACUUCACCAUCCCACACACUUCCUGCUGAUCACAGAGAAUGGUGAAGCCACUGUUUCCAUGACUUUCCCAGAGCCUCUGGAGUUCUCCUACCAGAUCUGUCAGCGCAGUGACUCCAUACAGAGAGAGCUGAGCACCUCUGCUGCUCUCCUCACCGUAACCACCACUCACAUGAAGCUGCGGCUUCGGCCCCCGACACAGGGAACGUUCGACGUCAUUGUGUUUGCUCGAACAGCCAACACUUCUGGCAAGCUCCAAUGUGUCUGCAACUUCCUGCUGGAAUGUCCCAAGCCUUCUCCUUUAGAUAGCUUCCCCGAGAACCCAUCCAAGUCCUGGGGCCUGAAUCAGAACGCAACGAGCAUGGGGCUCAAACCAUGCCAAUAUCAGGCUGAGAUCAUGCUGGAGUCUGCCACUUUUGAGAUGGUGCUCCAAACCAGUCGGCCUCUGAUGAUGCUGUGCGAACUUUUCCACAAAGACCUGGAUGAAGCGCUGGCCAAAAGAUGCGUGGCCACACAAAGUGAACCUGACCAGCUCAGCUGUCACGUUCUCUGCCCUUAUGUGGGCUAUUAUCGGCUGACAGUGUUUGUGAAGGACUGCGACAGCACUGGCAACUCAUACAGUCCUGUUGGUAUGUUCCUCCUGCAUUGCACAAGCAGUGCUGUCAUUAACAUCAAUAAACUCUUUCCACCUGGUCUGAGCAGUAAUUGUGGGCCUGGCAAUGGCACGCUCAAAGCAGGUCUUGCUGAUUUCAGCCACACCAGGGCCAUAAUAAACACUCAGCAGGGGCAAUGCAGCAUCACAUUUCGCAAUCAGCACAGUUUGAAACUUCAAGCUGAUCUGUGCAGACAGGAGCGUCCGCAACCCAAGUACCCCCUUUCUCGCUACGUGCUCCUCUCCUGUGAUGAGAAAGACGUCACGAUCAGCGUGGCCCUGCCAGGUGCAGGGGUCUACCGACUCAGCCUGUUUGGUGGACCUGCGACCUCUGCCUUAUCCCACAUAUGCGACUAUGUGUUGUGGAAUGACUGGGACGGUGCCUGGCCUCCAUUCCCCCAGAGCUACUCGACCUGGAAUGAUGGCUGUGUUCUCUUCGAGCCACGUACGGGUCAUUUGGAGCCCAUGUCCAAGGUGCGUUUCUGCGUUAAAAUCCCCAGGGCAAUAAAAGUGAACGUCAUAGGACAGGACCACACAGAGCUGCACAUCAACCAGAAGAGCCAGAUGUGGGAGGGGGAGGUGCACACCAGCACUGUCCCCCAGCUCAAACUCGCCGCCAGCUUUCCAGGGGGAGCGCCCAGAGAGUUGAACAUCCUGCUGUGCUUUGACGUCCUCAGGACACCAAAUGGAAUGAGAUGAGAAGGAGGACCAACUGCCUGUUAAUCUGUUAAUUAGCCAAGUGAUCAUGGCACUGUUAGGUUUAAAUUGUGUGCAUCACUGUACAUUGGCAUCACCUUUUAGGCCU